AUGGGAGCAGCGGACAGGCACCACGCCCAGGACCAAGCCCCCGGGGGUCCCCGAGAGCGGCGCGGCGCAGCCCAGAGACCCCCAACCUGCGUCUUCUGGCCCCGCAGGAAGACGGAUCCUGGAGAACAAGCAAGAGGCCCGAGCCUGCGGGCAGCGGGGCACCUCGCCGAGGGCGUGAAGAAGAAGAUCCUGUCCGGGUGGCGGCGCGUGCGGCUGCGGCUGGAGGAGAAGGAGAACGACGGGCGGAGGGGCGCGGCCCCCCACCCCGCAAGGGCCCUCGUGCCGGACAGGAAGGAGGCCAGGAGGCGCGGAGGGAAAGCCCCGGUAUUGCUGAAGAAGAUCCAGGCUGAGCUGUUACCAGACCACCCCGGGAAUCUGCAGCUAAGUUGCCAGUUUGCAGAGAUUCAUGAAGAUUCUACCAUCCGGUGGACAAAGGACUCAGAAUCCAUAGCCCAAGUGCAAAGAAGAGCAGGGGACAACUCCACGGUGUCCUUGGCCAUCGUGCAAGCCAGUCCGAAGGACCAGGGCCUCUAUUACUGCUGCCUCAACAACAGCUUCGGGAAAGCGACGGCGGAAUUUAACCUCACUGCACAAGUCCUGCAAGAGCUCUCCAGCUGCCCGGAUGUUAAAAGGUGCGAGGAGAUCGAGUUCAGCCAGCUCCUCUUCCGAGAGGACUUCCUGCGCGACAGCUACUUCGGGGCGCACGUGCGCGGCCGCAUCGCCACCGAGGCGCGGCACUUCGGCGAGGGCGUGCACCGCAAGGCCUUCCGCAGCCGCGUCCUGCACGGCCUCCCGCCCGUCUUCCAGCCCGGCCACGCGUGCGUGCUCAAGGUGCACAAUGCCGUGGCCUACGGGACCAGAAGCAACGACGAGUUGGUCCAGCGCAACUACAAACUCGCCGCCCAGGAAUGCUACGUCCAGAAUACAGCCAGGCACUAUGCCCAGAUCUACGCGGCGGAAGCUCAGCCUCUGGAAGGCUUUGGGGAGGUGCCAGAGAUCAUUCCUAUUUUUCUUAUCCACCGACCUGAGAACAACAUCCCGUAUGCGACCGUGGAGGAGGAGCUGAUCGGGGAAUUUGUCAAGUAUUCCAUGAGGGACGGGAAGGAAAUCAACUUCUUGAGAAGAGACUCGGAAGCUGGUCAGAAAUGCUGCACCUUCCAGCACUGGGUCUACCAGAAGACCGGCGGCUGCCUGCUGGUCACGGACAUGCAGGGGGUCGGGAUGAAGCUGACUGAUGUGGGCAUCGCGACACUGGCCAAAGGGUACAAGGGGUUCAAAGGCAACUGUUCCAUGUCCUUCAUCGACCAGUUCAAGGCACUCCACCAGUGUAACAAGUACUGCAAGAUGCUGGGGCUGAAGUCCCUGCAGAGUCACAGCCAGAAGCAGAAGAAGCCCAGCUGCGGUGUGGGGAAGGCGGAGGCUGCCUCCAGGAAGCCCGCCCUGGGUAACCCCUCCGAGAAGAAACCCUGAGGGCCCGGGACGCAGCGCCCCCUGCCGGCCACACUGUGCAGGCGCCUGGACCUACCCAUGCUUCCCAGCUCCAAGCCAUCCUGGCUCCACACCCAUCCCCUCUGUCUGCGUCCCCAGGGCUUGGGGCAGGAUCUGCGACCAGACUUCAGGAGACACCCCCCAGUGGCUCUGUUCCUGCACACCUUGUUAGCAUCUGGACCCGUGGUGGGACGUGGGUGCAUGCUGAACAGAGCUCCCCCUCAACCCCCCGCCCCAGGCCCAAGACCCUCCCCACCCCUGCUUCCCACCCGAGAUUUCUAGACUCGUCCACCCGCCUAUGGAACCAUGAGACCCCGAAUUCCUUCCUGGGGUCAAGGCCGCUGCCCGUGUGUGGAACAUGGGCUGCCUGGCCGGCUCCACCGCAUCCUCACUUCCUGCUCCAUUAAAUUCCCUCCGGAUUGGAAUCGAGUAAUUUCCUAGCCUGGUUGCGGGGGCCCAGACCUUCCUUUCCAUGGGGCCCUCCCCGUGUUCUUCGGUUUGUUGGGUUUGUUGGCCA